AUAUUUAAGAAUCAAGCAAGCCGACCUUAUAAUAUCUACCCCCAUGGAAUCACUAAUGUCAGUCCUUUGCACUCCGGAAGAUUGCCAAAAGGUGUGGAACAUUUGAAGGAUUUGCCAAUUAUGCCAGGAGAGAUAUUCAAGUAUAAAUGGACAGUAACUCUAUAAGAUGGGCCAACUAAAUCAGAUCCUCGGUGCCUGACCCGAUAUUACUCUAGCUUCAUUAAUCUAGAGAGAGAUCUAGCUUCAGGACUAAUUGGUCCUCUCCUCAUCUGCUACAAAGAACCUGUAGAUCAAAGAGGAAACCAGAUGAUGUCAGACAAGAGAAACUUCACCCUGUUUUCUGUAUUUGAUGAAAACCGUAGCUGGCACCUCACAGAGAAUAUGCAGCAUUUCCUCCCAAAUGCAGCUGGAGUGCAGCCCCAGGAUCCAGAAUUUCAGGCCUCCAACAUCAUGCACAGCAUCAAUGGCUAUGUUUUUGAUAGCUUGCAGUUCUCAGUUUGUUUGAAUGAGGUGGCAUACUGGUAUAUUCUAAGUGUUGGAGCACAGACUGACUUACUAUCUGUCUUCUUCUCUGGAUAUACCUUCAAACACAAAAUGGUCUUUGAAGAUACGCUUACCCUAUUUCCAUUCUCAGGAGAAACUGUCUUCGUGUCAAUGGAAAACCCAGGUCUUUGGGUUCUGGGGUGCCACAACUCAGACUUUCGGAACAGAGGCAUGACAGCCUUACUGAAGGUUUCUCGCUGUGACAAGACCAUUGGUGAUUAUUAUGAGGACAAAUAUGAAGACAUUCCAACCUAUUCAUUGAAUGAAAACAGUGCCAUUGAACCCAGAAGCUUCUCCAGGAAUUCAAGACACUCUAGCACUAGACAAGCACAAUUCAAAGCCACCCCAACUCCCGAAAAUGACAUAGGGCAAACUGACCCUCAGUUUGGAGAAAGAACACAUCUGCUUAAAGUACAAAGUAUCUGCCCUGGUGAUUUGUUAAUGCUCUUGAGACAGGACCACACUCCACAUGGGUUAUCCUUAUCUGAUCUCCAAGAAGCCACAUAUGAAGCUAUUUCUAAUGAUUAUUCACUUGUAACAAAAGAAAGUAAGGAAGGUCCUUCUACAGUGGCACACCUCAGGCCAGAGCUACAUCAGAGUGGGGACACAGUAUUAACUCCUGAGCUCGGCCUCCAAUUAAGAUUAAAUGAGAAUUUGGGGACAACUAUAGCAGUAGAGCUAAAGAAUAUUGAUUUAAAAGUUUCUAGUUCAUUGAGUAAUGUAAUGACUUCACCAACAAUUCCAUCAGAUGACUUGGCAGCAGACACUGAAAAGACAGGUUCCUUAGGACCCUUGAAUAUGCCAGUUCACUUUAGUAGCCAACUAGGCACCACCAUAUUUGGAAAAAACUCAUCUUCUCUUAUUGGGUCUGGUGUGCCUUUGCACUUGAGUAAAAGAGAUAAAGAUUCCAAGUUGUUAGAAACAGCUUCAAUGAAUAGUCAAGAAAGUUCACAGGGAAAAAAGGUGUCAUCCAUGGAGAGUGAUAGGUUACUUAAAGAGAAAAGAUUUCAUGGACCUUCUUCAUUGGCCAAACAUAAUGCUUUAUUUAAAGGUAAUAUCUCUUUGGUAAAGACAAAUAAGACACUCAAUAACUCAACAACUAAUGAGAAAGGCGGGACUCACACUGAUGGUCCAACAUUAUUAAAUGAGAAUAAUACAUUGGUCUGGCAAGAUAUGAUAUUAGAAAAUAAUACUGAAUUUCGAUAUGUGACUUCUUUGAUUCAUGAUGAAAUGUUCAUGGACAAACAUACUAUAGCUUUGGAAGUCAAUCAUAUGUCAAACAAAUCUAUUUUGUCAAAAAAUGUGGAAAUGUUCCACCACAAAAAAGAGGGCUCUGUGUCACUAGAAGCAGAAAAUCCAGAUGUGUCAUUCUUCAAGAUGCUAUUCUUACCAGAUUCAGCAAAUCUGAUAAAAAGGACUCAUAGAAAGAACUCCGUGGGGUCUGAGCAAGGGCCUGGUCCAAAACAAUCAGUAUCUUUGGAAUCAGAAAAAUUCAUGAAAGAUCAGAAUUUCUUUUCAGAGGAGAAUAUGAUGGCAGUAGGAGAGAAUGAAUUUACAAAGGACAAAGGACUCAAAGAAAUGAAUUUUCCAAACAGCAGGAGCAUAUUUCUUACCAACUGGACUAAUAUACAAGACAAUGAUAAAAAGCAAGAAAAAAUUCAUGAAGAGAUAGAGAGGAAGGAAACAUUAAUCCAAGAGAAUGUAGUUUUGCCUCAAGAGUAUACAGUGACCAGCACUAAGAAUUUACUGAAGACCCUCUUCUUACUGAGAAGCAAGCAAAAUGUUACUGCAGAAGGUUUAGAUGAGGAAACAAAUGUUCCAACACUUCAAAACACCAGAUCAUUAAACAAUUCAGCAAAUAAAGUAGGGCCUCACAUGGCCAAUUUCUCAAAAAGAGGUGAGGAAGCAAACUUAGAUGGCUUGGGAAAUCAAACAAAGCAAGCGGUAGAGAAGUAUCCAAGCCCCACAGGGAUGUUUCUUAAUCCAGGUAAGUGAAAUGUUAUUACUCAGCCUGGUAAGUUGACUUUGAAACAAUCUGGACCCACUUUAGAAGAAAUAGAGCUUGCAAAGGGGCUAAUUUUGAAUGACAGCUCAACCCAGUGGUCCAGAAACAUGAAAUAUUUGACCCAGGGUAUCCUCACACAGGUAGACUACAACAAAAAGGAGAAGAGGGCCAUUACACAGUCCCCCUUAUCAGAUUGUUCUAUAGGGAGUCAUGGCAUUACUCAAACAAAUGGUUCUGCAUUACACAUUGCAAAGGUAUCAAAAUUUCCAUCAAACAGACCUAAAGAUAUGACCUGGAUCCCAUCCCAAGAGAACUCUUUUCACCAGCUAGCAUCAGCCUGUAGUUCUAUCUUUAGGGACAGGAGUUCUGGGGUCCAAGAAAGAAGUCAUUUAUUACAAGGAGCCAAAAGAAAUAACCGUUCUUCAGCCAUUCUAAUGGUGGAAAUGAUCAAAGGUCAAGGAAAGGUCAGCUCCCUGCGGACAAAUGCUACAAACCCACUCAUGUACAAGAAACUUGAGAACACCACUGUCUUGAAACCAAGCUUGGCUGAAGCAUCUGGCAAAGUUGAAUUGCUUCCUAAAAUUCAUGUUCUUCAGGAAGACCCUUUCCCUUCAGAAACUAGCAAUGGUUCUCCUAGCCACCUGGAUCUCAUGGAAGAAAAACUCCUUCAGAAAACACAGGGAUCUGUUAAAUUGAGUAAAGAAAAUAGACCAGGGAAAGUGACCUCUUUGAAUGAGGCAACAGAAAGCUUUUCAAAGGCUCCCUAUAAGCUGUUGGAUUCCUUUGCUUGGGAUAACCGAUAUUCUACCCAGAUACCAAGAGAAGAGUGGAAAUCCCAAAAGAAGUCAUCAGAACACACAGCUUUUAGUACAAAAGACACCAUUUCUCCCCUGACUCCUUGUGAAAGCAAUCAUGCCAUAGCAGCAAUAAAUGAGGGACAAAACAGUCCCCAUGGUGAAACCACUUGGGCAAAGCAAGGAGAGGCUGGAAGUUUGUGCUCUCAAAACUUACCAGGCUUGAAACACCAUCUAAGAGAAAGAACUCUUACUACUCUUUCUUCAGAGCAAGAAAACAUUGACUAUGAUGAUACUCUCAUAAUUGAAACUAAGAGGGAAGAUUUUGACAUUUAUGGUGAGGAUGAAAAUCAGGGGACCUGCAGCUUUCAAAAGAGAACACAACACUAUUUUAUUGCUGCCGUGGAGUGGUUCUGGGAUUAUGGGAUGAGUAAAUCUCCUCAUACUCUAAGAAACAGGGCUCAGAGUGACAGUGCCCCUCAGUUCAAGAAGGUGGUUUUCCAGGAAUUUACUGAUGGCUCCUUUACUCAGCCCUUAUAUCGUGGAGAACUGAAUGAACACUAAGGACUCUUGGGGCCAUAUAUAAGAGCAUAAGUUGAAGACAAUAUCAUGGUGACUUUCAAAAACCAGGCCUCUCAUCCUUACUCCUUUUAUUCUAGCCUUAUUUCUUAUGAGGAAGAUCAGAGGCAAGGCACCGAACCUAGAAAAAAGUUAGUGAAGCCUAAUGAAACCAAAACUUACUUUUGGAAAGUGCAACAUCAUAUGGCACCCACUGACGAUGAGUUUGACUGCAAAGCCUGGGCUUAUUUCUCUGAUGUUGAUUGGUAAACAGAUUUCCAUUAUGCUGGCUACUUUCUGGAAAAGGAUCUGCACUCAGGCUUGAUUGGACCCCUCCUGAUCUGCCGCAGUAACACACUGAACCCUUCUUAUGGGAGACAACUGACAGUGCAGGAAUUUGCUCUGUUUUUCACUAUCUUUGAUGAGACCAAGAGCUGGUACUUCACUGAAAACCUGGAGAGGAACUGCAGGAUUCCCUGCAAUACUCAGAUGGAGGACCCCAUUUUUAAAAAGAAUUAUCGCUUCCAUGCAAUCAAUGGUUAUGUGAUGGAUACACUACCUGGCUUAGUAAUGGCCCAGGGCCAAAAGAUUCGGUGGUAUCUGCUCAGCAUGGGCAGCAAUGAAAACAUCCAUUCUAUCCAUUUCAGUGGGCAUGUGUUCACUGUAUGGAAAAAAGAAGAGUAUAAAAUGGCAGUCUACGACCUCUAUCCAGGUGUUCUUGAGACAGUGGAAAUGCUGCCAUCCAAAGUUGGAAUUUGGUGGAUUGGUGAGCACCUACAAGCUGGAAUGAGCACUCUUUUUCUGGUGUACAGCAAGGAGUGUCAGAUUCCUCUGGGAAUGGCUUCUGGAGGCAUUAAAGAUUCUCAGAUUACAGCUUCAGGACAAUAUGGGCAAUGGGCCCCAGUGCUGGCCAGACUUCAUUACACUGGAUCAGUCAAUGCCUGGAGCACUAAGGAUCCCUUUUCCUGGAUCAAGGUGGAUCUGUUGACUCCAAUGAUUAUUCAUGGCAUCAAGACCCAGGGUGCCUGGCAGAAGCUCUCCAGCCUCUACAUCUCUCCCUCUAUCUACAUCUCCCUUGAUGGGAAGAAGUGGCAGACUUAUAGAGGAAAUUCCACUGGGACCUUAAUGGUAUGUAAAUCGUCCUCCACUUAUCCCACAGCUUUCCACACAUGUCCACAUUUCAACAUCUGUGCCUGUUUCACCUGCACAUCCAAGAAGUGUUUUCCACCUUAUUGGCAGCAGGAGUGA